UAUUUGUAGUUUGUACCUUUUUAAUAUAAUUUCCUGUUCAUAUUUAUUAAUCUAAAACAAAAAUAUUAAUUAGAAUCAAUUAUAUAAGGGAUUUAUGGCAUUCAUGAAUAAUGCGAAACCUGAAAUGUAAAUGUGGACUGUAAUCUAAACGUCUUGAAGAAAAUCCUGUUCGUCAUUCAAAUAAAAUGGAUAAUAAACCGUCAUUGAGUCAAUAUUUCGGAGGAUCAGAGAUACCACCAGCUUCUCAGUUCUUCGACGAAAUCGGAACAUCGCCAUCAGAUAUGAUACAAAGCGUUUAUUUAGGUGAAAGCGAAGGGUCUCGAACAACAGCACCCAGUGUUUUCACGUCAAGCACGUCAGCAACAUUUUCUCAACCGUCAGCCCUUGAUGAAGUCACCUUUUCAAAUGUUGUACCCACUGUGAGUGGGACCACAUCUCUACCUGCCACUAGCUUGCCAGAUCCAUCAACGUUUUUCGAUACAAUCGGCCCUGAACCUACUAUAGGGCUGACAAAACCUGUAACAACUACAGCACUGACUGAUGCUAUCGACGGAUUGAGUAUUAAGAAUCAACCCGUUGACAAAGAUGCAGAAAGAAGACGAGACGCUUGGAUACCCAAUGAAGAAGCCAAGAAGACAUUGAUGAAGGCACAAUCGUCACCGAAAGGCUCAUUUUUCCCCGAGAGAGAGGUGUUGACCAUGCCAGGACUGGUGCUUGAAGAAGAACUGGCGGACGCGUUACAAGAGGUGGCGGUGAAGUACCUGGGCGUGAGCUGCGCGGGCAGCCGCGGGGUGGUGCGCGCCGACCACGUGACCCGGGACGAGCCCGGCCUCCGCGAGCUCAUCCGCACCGGGUACUUCAGGGCGGCCGUCAACCUCACCGCGGUGCUCAUCAGCGCCGCCGGACAGGGCGUGGGACGGAUGCACAGACCCACGAAGCACACGCCGCGCUCCCUCCAGCUCUGGUUGACGAGGUUCUCCCUGAUGCUGAGGAUCAAGCUACAUGAACCCCUGAUCAGGGAGGCGGAGCAGUUCGGCGACUGCACCAAACCCGACAUGUUUUACCAGUUCUACCCGGAGUCUUAUGAGAACCGUCCGGGAUCCCUCGUUCCUUUCUCGCUGAGGCUACUCCUGGCCGAGAUACCGGGGCACGUGGGCAAGCCGGACGAGUCCAUGGACAGACUAUAUGCGAUGCUCGAUGUUAUACAGCAGAUGCUGUCGAAUCUCCGCGACGGAAAGACCGAGGAUGGCUCUGGUCUGCUCUCGUCGGAGCAGGAUAAGGCGGAGUCGAUACGUUUGUGGACGGGGAGGGAGACGAGGGUAUAUCAUUCGAUCGUCAACUGCGCUAUAGCCCUGAAGGAUUACAGGCACGCUUCCAACGUGCUGUCCUCGUUGGAACAGGCGUGCAGCACGGCCGGUCAGAAGCGGGCCGUGUGCAGCGCACUAUGCCGCCUCGCGCUGCUGGCCGGGCACGUGACCGCCGCGCGUGCGCACUGCCGCCGCGCCACCGAGAACCGGACGCACGUAUGUCCGACGCCCGACGUGCGCGAGUACGUGGACCUCGGGCUGGUGGCGAUGGCGCAGGGGAAAUACGAAGACGCCUACAACGACUUCGUGAGGGCGGCCGACCAGGAACCCACAAACAUUAUGGUCGCGAACAACAUCUCCGUGUGCCUGUUGUACAUGGGUCGACUGAAGGAGGCCAUAUCGGUGCUGCAGAAGGCGAUAAAGAGCGACCCGGAGCGCGGCCUCAACGAGAGCCUCCUCGUCAACCUGUGCACGCUGUAUGAGCUAGAGUCGUCCAAGACGAACGAGAAAAAGCUAAAUCUGUUGCGGAUGCUGUGCAAGUACAAGAGCGACACGAUACCGAACGUUCUCGAAUGUCUGAAGCUCGCGUAGGCUCUGCGGCUAGCAACUAACACGUAAGCUCAACUAAAGGCUUUGUCAAACAGGUGGCUUGGCUCUGUCCCUGGUAUUGCUGAAGUCCAUGG